UUGACUUGAUGUGUCACUUUUGUCGCCUUGUGUAAUGUUGAAGACUGAAGUUAGCUCGUUAUUGUUCGUGUUAAAAUCUGUGGAAGAACGUAACGAAUAUAAAACGAUGUAUAUUUACAUAUAAAAACUUGCGAGGGAAUUUGGUUCUUUAAAAGUGAAAGUUCUGUACAACAACUGAAAGUAAAUUAGUGCAAGAUAUAAAUCAAUUGGGUGGAUAUAUUUAAAGUAUGGGCAUAUAGAUACAUAGAAAACUACAAUGACUGAGUUCGAUUCCGACUUUGAGAGCGAUUUAGAAGCCGAAUUAGAAGAUCUCAGAAGGCUUACGGCAGCAUUAGAAGAAGAUGAACCUGGUCCCAGUAGAGGAACGUCUCAGUUUUCGGUUCAUACAUCACAAUCCACCUUCAAUUCUGGACAAGAUGAUUUCAUAAAUAUUGACAUUGCCAUUGCACUUAAUAAAUUGUAUGACGAAAAAAUGCAAGGUCUCGAAAAAGUGCUUAUAAAUCGUUUAAAUCAAUGUAGACAGCGAUUAAGAGAAAUUCAAAAUACUGAUAUUUUAGAUAAAACCGAAAGACCAAAUAACAAUAACUUUCGAUACAUUAACUGUGGUAAACCGUAUUUCAAGGAUAUGUUUGGUUUUCCUGCACCAGAUAAUGAAGAUACAUUGCUCAGAGCUAAAGUAGGAAUGUAUGAUUUUUCGUCUAUACAAUCUGUUCCUGGUUGGACCAUCAAAGAUAAGAAUCUAUUCACUAAAUGCAUUCUUAAAUUAUCGAAAGAAAUAAAAAUUAGGGAAUUAAAGUCUGAACUUGCACAAUUACACAGGUCAAAUGUAGACAAAUCAAAAAACAGCAAGGAGAGAAAAGAAAUUUCUAAAAUAAAACAUAAAAUUAAUAGUAUUGAUAAAAUGCCACUAAGAGCAUUAGCUUUACCAAUUGAUGAAGACUAUGAUUGGGAUUAUGUUGCAAAUAAAUUUAAUCAUAGACACAAACCUCAAGAAUUUAGAGCAUUAUGGAAACUAUUUUUACACCCUACAAUAAAUAAAUCUCCUUGGUGUAAAAAGGAGGAUGCAACACUACAAAAAAUUGUAAAGGAGAAACAAUAUCAAGACUGGGAUGCUAUAGCUAAAGAAUUAAAUACAGGAAGAACAGCCUAUCAGUGUUUUGUUUACUUCCGAACUAACAUGGGCAACACUUUUAUUUUACAUAAAUGGACAAAAGACGAGGAAGAAUAUUUAAAAAGGCUAAUUGAAUAUUAUAGAGAGGAUAAUUAUAUUCCCUGGUCAAGAAUAGCAGCUUCAAUGGAGAAUAGGACUAAAAUUCAAAUUUACAAUAAAUACAUGAGGCUGACAGAACUUAGAAAAGGUAGAUUUCUACCUGAAGAAGAUGCCGUCAUCCUUACUUUUGCAGAAAAAUAUGGUACUGAUUUCAAAAGAAUGACAUGGUUUCUACCCGGUCGGUCAAUCGCUCAGUGCCGUGUUCGAUAUCAUGUAUUAUCAAAGAAAAAGGUCUCUAUACAGUGGACUGUUGAAGAGGAUAAAAAAUUAAUACAACUUAUGUCAAAUCAAGAUAGUCACAAGAAUUAUUCAAGUAUAACAAAACAUUUUCCAGGAAAGGACAGGAUACACAUACGGUCUAGGCAUAUGAUAUUAGAGCGUUGGAUGAUGAGUCAUCCCAAUUUAGAUAUUGAUAAAGCUCCAAGAAGAGGACCUAGACGACUUAAUCGUGGCAAUUUGACUGAUAAUUUAAAUAAGGCCAUUGAAAAUCUGAAAACAAGAGUGAAAUCAGAUUUACAAAAGGAUAAAUCAAAAGUGGUUACAAUGCAUUCAUCAGAGCAAAACAUUGAUGAUGCUAUAAUAGACUUAUUUGUAAAACACCAAGUAAAAACCGAGGAAACAAAUAAACUUAAGAUAAGUGAAUUAGAUAUUGCAGACGAACCAAGGCAAGCGGAAGUGCCCAAAGAAGCUAGAGAGGUGGUUAAUGUCUCUAAUUUACAACAAGUUCUAAUUUUGCUUAAAGCAAAAUUAAAUAAAGAUAAGUUUUUGCAAAGUAGUCUGGCUAAUAAGUAUCCACAAUUACUUGUACCAGAUCUAAAUAUUUAUAAAAUUGUUAAAAAAUCUUAUUCAAAAAAGGAAAAUGGGACAAAUACUGCAAACUUACAAAGAAUCCCAGAUGUAUUUGGUAACAAUAGUUUAGGUCGAUUGCAAUAUGUCCUACCACCAAAUUAUGCAACUAUUACAGGAUGUAGAAAAUUGAUACAAUAUGUUUCCGUUGAAAGCGAAAAUGUUCCUACAAAAAGUUUAAACCGAAACAUUCAUAUCAAUUCUAUAUUGAGAGACCAAAUGUGUUUAAUGAUAGAACGAUUUCAUACUUUAUUUAUGUGGCCUAUGAUAUUAUCAAAUAUGCCACCAAAUGCAUCAACAGCAAGAAAUUCUGCAUCACCCAUAAUGUAUCAGCCUCCAGAAAAAAAGUUUUGCAAAACUGCAUAUCAGAAAGAAGAUUAUGCUUUAGCAAUACCCAAAUUAAAUGAAAAUGAUAUUGUUAAUGAUGUUAUUGAUUUGGAAGAUAAUAAAAAUAAUGAUGUAACUUUAGAACAACACUACAGUUUUGAUUAAUAGAUCUUGUAAAGGUGAUUAAUGAGGCCACAAUUGUAUUAUUAUUUAUUUUGGUAAUUUAUAAUAUAAACUAUU